UAUUAUUAGAUAAAAAAAUAAAAUUAAAAAUAAUGGCUGCAGAAUUAAUGAUAUCAUUUUACCUGAUAAUUAUUCUGAGUUUAUGUAUGAAAGUAAUUUUAUUAAAAAAAUCUUACGCAUCACCGGAGCAAGUAUUUGAUCAAAUAUCAUCGUCAUUUAAUUUCCGACCAACAUAUUUAGAAAUAUAUGACCAAUCAAUAAAAUCAAAAUGCGAUCGAUUGAUUGUCGUUCAUCCAUUCGAUUGGAGUUUUUGGGCGAUAAAUGGUUAUUGUUACGUUUUAAAUGCAUUGAGAGCAUUUGAUUGCCCGCACAAAAUGACACCGACACUUAUUAUUGACGCGAUAACAGUCAACGAAACGUUUUUAAAUCCUAUUUGUUAUCCAAUUGAUUACAGCACUGUACUUAAUGAGUACAAAUCACACGGCCCGCCGAUCAUUAAUUAUUUUAAUAUUGAAGACAUUAUGAGACGAGGAAGAUUUACUGUUAUUGAUGCACUUAAUUACUUACUUAAAUAUUAUAUUGAAAUAGAUUUAGAUAAGAAUAAUGCACAUCCGAUUAAUAAGAAAAUUGUUAAAUCUUUUAUAAAGAAAGGAAAUCUAAUUAAUCAAAAGGAUUUAAAGGACGUAAAAACAAAAGUUCUUGAACACUCUGUAAAAAUGGACAAAAAAGUAAAAAGUAAACGUUUGAAUGCAGAACCAUAAAAAUUGAAUUUAAAAAUAAAGUUUUGAAAUUGAGUCAAAAUAUAUUUUAGAUUUUUAUAGUCAUGUGGAUACUCAAAGUAACGUUACUAAGUUUGUUUACAUGAAUAUGAUGUCGAUUUGAAAAAAAAAAA